AUGUUUGAUGGGGAGCCAGGCACAGGCCCAGCGGCAUCCUCACGGAAUGUGGUACGCAGCUCCAGCAUCAGCGGCGAGGUGUUUGGGGGCGGAGGGGAGCAGGCCGGAGGCACAGCUGGCGCCAGCACGGCCAAGAAGCGCCGCAGCAGUCUGGGGGCCAAGAUGGCAGCCAUUGUGGGCUUGACCCAGAGAAGUCGGAGCUCCCUACAACUACCCCAGCCAGAAGGUGGACCUAAGAAACUCCCAAGCAACAUCAGGCGGAGCACAGAGACCGGCAUUGCUGUGGAGAUGAGAAGCAGGGUCACCCGUCAAGGGAGCCGAGAAUCCACCGAUGGCAGCACCAAUAGCAACAGCUCCGAUGGCACGUUCAUCUUCCCCACUGCCAGGCUGGGAGCUGAGAGCCAAUUCAGUGACUUCCUAGAUGGCCUGGGGCCAGCCCAGAUUGUGGGGAGACAGACGUUGGGGACACCACCAAUGGGGGAUGUGCACAUUGCCAUGAUGGACCGCAGUGGUCAGCUAGAGGUGGAAGUGAUCGAGGCCCGAGGCCUUACCCCCAAACUGGGCUCGAAGUCCCUCCCAGCCACCUACAUCAAGGUUUACCUGCUAGAGAAUGGGGCCUGCUUGGCCAAGAAGAAGACAAGAGUGGCCAAGAAGACAUGCGAUCCCCUGUAUCAUCAGGCUCUGCUAUUUGAUGAAGGUCCCCAGGGAAAGGUGCUGCAGGUGAUCGUGUGGGGAGACUACGGGCGCAUGGACCACAAGUGUUUCAUGGGAAUGGCCCAGAUUGUGCUGGAGGAGUUGGACUUGAGCAACGUGGUCACUGGCUGGUACAAACUCUUCCCCACCUCCUCCGUGGCCGACUCCACCUUGGGGGCCCUCACGCGGCGUCUCUCCCAGUCCUCCCUGGAGAGCUCUACCAGCCCCUCGUGCCCCUAG